AUGCGUGAAUACAAAAUCGUAGUUCUGGGUAGUGGUGGCGUAGGAAAGUCGGCACUGACUGUUCAAUUUGUGCAAGGAAUUUUCGUUGAGAAAUAUGACCCUACCAUUGAGGAUAGUUAUAGAAAGCAAGUCGAAGUGGAUGGGCAGCAAUGUAUGUUGGAAAUUCUUGACACUGCCGGAACGGAACAAUUCACUGCAAUGCGUGAUCUUUACAUGAAAAAUGGACAAGGUUUUGUGCUUGUCUAUUCGAUCACCGCUCAGUCAACAUUCAAUGAUCUUAUGGAUCUUCGCGACCAAAUUCUACGAGUCAAGGAUACGGAUGAAGUGCCAAUGAUUUUGGUCGGAAACAAGUGCGAUCUAGAAGACGAACGUGUAGUUGGCAAAGAUCAAGGACAAAAUUUGGCUCGUCAGUUUGGCUGUGCGUUCUUGGAAACAUCUGCCAAAGCUAAAAUCAAUGUCAAUGAGGUAUUUUACGAUUUGAUACGACAGAUCAAUCGCCGUUAUCCGGAAAACAGUAAGCGACAAGGACGUGGUUCAAAGAAAUGCUGUAAGUGUACUGUUAUGUGA